GCGAGCUCAGAAGGUGCGCGCACGCAGAGGCGAGCGGAGCAGCGGUCACAGGCUCGCAUCCUUCCUGCUCCUCCUCGGCUCUUCUCGCCUGCGGCUCUCCCCCCCUCCCCAAAUUCCGUGCUCGGCCGACCCUCUUCCUCGCCCCCCAGCCAUGCCCAAUUUCGCCGGCACCUGGAAGAUGAAGAGCAGCGAGAAUUUUGACGAGCUUCUGAAAGUCUUGGGAGUCAACGCCAUGCUGAGAAAAGUAGCCGUGGCGGCCGCCUCCAAGCCGCACGUGGAGAUCCGCCAAGAUGGAGACCAGUUCUACAUCAAGACCUCCACCACCGUCCGCACCACGGAGAUCAACUUCAAAGUCGGCGAGAGCUUCGAGGAGGAGACGGUGGACGGCCGGAAAUGCAGGAGUUUACCCACGUGGGAGACCGAAAAUAAGAUCCAUUGCAAACAGACUCUUCUGGAAGGAGAAGGACCCAAAACAUAUUGGACGCGAGAGCUGGUGGGCGAUGAGCUGAUUUUGACUUUUGCUGCAGAUGAUGUGGUGUGCACAAGGAUUUACGUAAGAGAGUGAGAAACGCCGGCCGCUCUUGCACGGAUGGGAGAAGACGAGGAUGGGUUAAGCAGCAGAUGUUGUGAAGAAGCCUGUAUAGUAAACAUCCAUCGUGUGGAGCCUUAAGGGCAGCUUCGUACGUGACCGUACAUGUCAUUUCGAAUCCCAGCUGACCGGCUUCAUGCCACAGGCCGUUUUCCUUUGAUUACAAACCGUGGUCCCAUUAGAAUUGUGCUUGUGUGUACGUAUGUGUGUGUGUCUUCCCUUCAUCCCCUUCGUUUACUUUGUAUUUUGUAGUUCUAAAUUUGUACGAUUUCAGCAGCGAUUAAAUUUAUUGGAUAUAAC